UUUCUUGUUGGGUGUCUUCCUUUCAUUUUUAAUUUAUACACAUAGAAAAUCUUUAUAAAUAAUGAAUUUCGAAAUUGAUAAGACAUCCACAAAUAUUUCAAAUUUGCCAAAAAAUAAAAACACAGAUUCAACUAGUACAUCAGAGCAUUCCAGUAAUAACUCCGAGUUAAAUUCUGGAGUGACAGAGACAAGUAAAGCAUUCCCUUCAUCAAAAUGGAUAAAACUUAAUGUUGGUGGAAAAAUUUUUUUAACCACUAUAUGGACACUUGUAAGUAAAGAACCGGAGAGUAUGUUGGCGCGCAUGUUUUCCCAAGAUGGUGCCAUGUUACCCAGCAAUCAAGACGAACAGGGUGCUUACUUGAUAGAUCGGAGUCCUCAUUAUUUUGAACCUAUUAUUAAUUAUCUUCGCCAUGGUCAGCUUAUAGUCGAUCCUAAUGUGAGUUUGGAAGGUGUUUUGGAAGAAGCGAAAUUUUUUGGCCUUGAAUGUCUAGUUAGCCAAUUAGAGAGUCAAAUAAUGCAAGCCAAUCAACCAUUGGAUAAUGUUCCUCUUACGCGACGAGACGUGAUUAAAGCUCUGAUACAAACUUCCCAUUUAACCGAGUUGCGUUUCCAGGGUGUUAACUUAGCCGGAGCCGAUUUGCGAAAAUUAGAUUUUAGGAAUAUAAAUUUCAAGUAUGCCUGCAUGCAACGAUGUAAUCUAUCACACGCGAAUCUAACAUACUGUUGCUUGGAGCGAACUGAUUUAGCAUUUGCUAAUCUAGAAUGCUCUCAGCUAGUAUCGGUGAAAGGUUUAUGUGCAAAUAUGGAAGGUGCCAAUCUCCGUGGUUGCAAUUUCGAAGAUCCUUCGGGCUUAAGAACUAAUUUAGAGGGUGUUAAUCUGAAAGGAGCCUGUCUGGAAAGCUCUAAUAUGGCUGGAGUUAAUCUACGAGUAGCCAACCUUAAAGACGCAAACAUGAAGAAUUGUAAUCUUCGGGCUGCAGUUUUGGCCGGAGCCGAUUUAGAACGUUGUAAUCUGUCGGGUAGUGAUUUGCAAGAGGCAAACUUGCGUGGAGCAAAUCUUAAAGAUGCCGAAUUAACCUUGAUGGUCACCCCACUCCAUAUGUCUCAAGCCAUACGUUGAAAAUGAAUUAAUGGUAAUGAGUCAAGUAUCAGCAAUAAUUCUGUGAUGUUUGUCUUUUUUAACAAAAGAAGAAAAACCUCGGUUGAGAUAAUUCCAGAUUUAAUAAAAACUUAUUUAUAGAAAAUGUUCUAGCAAUUAAGCUACCGUACGAUUGACACGACUUUAGCGAUAAUGUUGAAUAUGUGUACAAAUGCCCAAGAUAGGUUGGCUCUUUACAGUCGAGUUCAUUGUCUCCAUUUAAAUUACAUGUUGAUUCAAUUCCGACUUCAGUGUAGAUAAACAAUAUACAUACAAAGACAGAAGUUCUCCUAUCAUA